AAUGGGAUGGGGUACAGCCAGAGCAGCCGAUGGGCGGGCUGUUGCUCUGGGGUGACAAUUGGGGACCCCUUUUUUAACUACCUAGGUGUCACUGUGUUAGAGUAGGGUAUACAGGACAGCAGUCAACACGAAGGGCUCUAAUGACGGUCUGAGUGCUGCUGCCAGCGUGAGGUCUCGUGUCUUUGACCUCCCUCCCUCUCUCAGCCAUCCUCACCAGCUUUGAGGAACAGAAUUGUUUUUUAACUGGGUUUUAGAAUGGAUGCAUCAGAUAGCAACCCGGAGAACGCGACCGAGAACAAUAAUGUGGAGAAGAGUGAGGUUAGAGAGGAGGAGAAGCAGGAUGUGGACCCAGAUUCAGACCUGGCUAUGGUCAAGAUUCCUCCUCCGCCAGAGCUGGAGAUUAGGCCUAAUGGAUUAAGUGAUGAUGGCAAGCUGGAUGUAUGCAGGACUGUACCUUCUCCUCUGACCCGCAGUAUUUUUCCUGUUGCAGUCUCACCUGCUGCUGAGCGCAUUCGAUUCAUUCUGGGAGAGGACGAUGACAGUCCAGCACCCCCUCAGCUCUUCACCGAGCUGGACGAGUUGCUGUCUGUUGAUGGCCAGGAGAUGGAGUGGAAGGAAACUGCCAGGUGGAUCAAGUUUGAAGAGAAGGUGGAAAAAGGUGGGGAGCGGUGGAGUAAACCACAUGUGGCCACUCUGUCCCUUCAUAGUCUCUUUGAGCUUAGGACGUGUAUAGAGAAGGGCACCAUCAUGCUGGACCUAGAGGCCAACACACUGCCAGGGGUCGUGGAAAUGAUCACUGACAGUCAGAUUGAGAACGGUCUCUUGAAAGCUGACCUGAAAGAUAAGGUCAUGUACACCUUGCUGAGGAAGCAUCGCCACCAGACCAAGAAAUCCAAUCUUCGCUCCUUAGCUGACAUUGGCAAGACGGUCUCCAGCGCAAGUAGGCUGUUUUCCACCCCGGAUAAUGGUAGUCCAACCACCACACAUCGCAACUUGACAUCAAGCAGCCUGAACGAUAUCUCCGACAAGCCAGAGAAAGAUCAGCUGAAGAACAAGUUCAUGAAGAAGCUGCCCAGAGAUGCUGAAGCUUCCAAUGUUCUCGUUGGAGAAGUGGACUUUCUGGACAGUCCUUUUGUGGCCUUUGUGAGGCUGCAGCAGGCUGUCAUGUUGGGGGCGCUGACUGAAGUACCUGUGCCCACCAGAUUUCUGUUCAUUCUUCUUGGACCCAAAGGCAAAGCCAAGUCAUACCAUGAAAUUGGUAGAGCAAUUGCUACUCUGAUGUCCGAUGAGGUCUUCCAUGAAAUUGCGUACAAAGCCAAGGACAGACAAGAUCUCCUUGCUGGCAUUGACGAGUUCUUGGACGAGGUCAUUGUCCUCCCUCCUGGAGAAUGGGACCCCACCAUAAGGAUAGAGCCACCAAAAUCCCUGCCAUCCUCUGAUAAAAGAAAGAACAUGUAUGCUGGAGGGGACAGCACACAGAUGAAUGGAGACACGCCUCACAGCGGCGGACAGGGGGGCGGGGGGCACGCAGUAGGCGAUGAACUGAAGAGGACGGGGAAGUUUUGUGGAGGCCUUAUUCUUGAUAUCAAAAGAAAAGCUCCCUUUUUCUUCAGUGAUUUCUAUGAUGCGCUUCACAUCCAGUCUUUGUCUGCCAUUCUUUUCAUCUACCUGGGAACAGUAACCAAUGCCAUCACGUUCGGAGGAUUGCUGGGUGACGCCACUGAGAACAUGCAGGGUGUGCUGGAGAGCUUUCUGGGCACAGCGGUAACUGGAGCGGUGUUCUGUCUCCUGGCUGGGCAACCUCUGAUAAUCCUGAGCAGUACGGGGCCAGUGCUGGUGUUUGAAAGGCUGCUCUUCAACUUCAGCAGGUGCUUCAUCAUCUCUGAUCGGCAUGUGACAUUACAAACCAGCUACUGCAUAUGCUCACCAUUUAGUAGUUAACUGAAACCAAGAUUC